UUUAUUCCCACUCUGUGUAUACUUAUUUUUCGACUUAUACAGCAGCUCGCCUGUGGUGGAAAUUCGGCUCUAUCUAAACGUUCUCGAGUUACUGCCUGAUUGAAAAUUGUAUGCUACCACCAAAUACAAAUACUCAAACAGUUUUUCUGAAACCACGUGCGCCAUUCAAACUGGCUGCCUUCAACGUUCGCACACUUAUGUAGAUCGGACAACAGAUAGGGCUGGCCAUGUCUUUGGAAAGUCUUAAUGUUGAUGUUUGUUGUCUAUCCGAGACCCGUAUUCAAGACUCUGGCGAAGUACUACAAAUUCGCUCUCCAUCUGUCGCUUCAAAAAGCCUGUUUUACGUGCGUUUAUCUGAGGACCCUGUGGCAUCUUCGUCUGGUCUUGCUGGCGUUGGUGUCGCACUAAGCCCUAGAGCUGAGGCAGCACUAAUCGAUUCGAUCCCCAUUAACAGUCGGUUAUGUGCUGUCAGAUUAGAAAGUUCCAUCAAAGUGAGAAGAAAUCGGCGUGAGAAACGAUGUCUUUUCGUCAUCUCCGCCUAUGCUCCGACACAUUGCAGCCCGGAUGCAAUCAAGGAUGAAUUCUACCACCAAUUAUCUGUUCUCCAGAAAGUGCGUUCGACAGAAAUUGUAGUACUAGCCGGAGACUUGAAUGCUCAGGUCGGGCGUCUAGGCACAGAAGAGAAUCGUUUAGGUGGCCGAUGGGGACUUGUUGGUCGCAGGACAGAUAACGGGGACCGUCUAGUGCAACUGUGUACAGACCACAACCUGUUUCUGGCUAGCACUAAUUUUCGGCACAGUCAUCGCCGAUGUGCCACCUGGCAUCCUCCCUCUGCAUCUCAAGCCUGGACUCAGAUUGAUCACAUCGCGAUCAGCUACCGCUGGCGUGGUUGUGUACAAGACUACCGCUCAUUUUGGAGUACCUAUCUGGACUCUGACCAUGCCCUGGUCUGCGCCAAUCUUACUUUACUUUUCAGUGGCCAACGAAGUGACCGCCACCGACGGAUUGAUGUUAGCAAGCUGGUUGCAACUUCUGUUGCUAGUAAGUAUCGAACCGAGCUAGCCUCUAGGCUAGCUACCACUCCACCGAAAAGUAUAGAUGAGCAUUGGUUGCAAUUGCAUGACGCCAUGAAAAUGGCGGGUACAGCCAGUUGUGGGUUCGCGAAACGUCCCUCUUAUAAGCACUGGGUUUCUGCAGGUUCCUUACAACUCAUUGAAGCCCGUCGGUCUACUCCGGGUGACCGUGAGUUUGACCAUAAACGAAGGAUGUUACGUAAGGAAAUUGGGCAAAGCUUGCGUAAGUACUGAGAAGCCUGGUGGUCGGAGCGUGCUAAUGAACUGGAA